UUUUAUAUUUAUUUCAGCUGAUACCAUCUAUUAUUACAAGAAACUGAUGGAACCGUGACAUUGUAUACGAGGCUCCUUUGUGCAUUCUCAAAAACAGCCUUUCGAGGGUUUUGAGUUCUCCACUUUUUUGCUUUUCAGGGAAUCCCCUAAUUAUAUACUUAUUGCGAAGCUAUAACAAAUAGUUUUUAGUAGAACCAAUUUAUAUACUGUUUUAUAUUACAGAUAAUAAGACAUCUAAAAUACAACCUUUAUCUACUGAAAACCUACAAUAUGCUUGUAUGUUUUAAGUAGAAGAUAACUUAUAAGUCAGUCUAUAUAUCUUCACAACUACAAUUAAUAUAAAUUGAAAUAAUGGAGUCUUCUGACUUGAUAAGUACUAGCGAUAUGACUACUGCAAGUACUUCUGAAAUCGAAUCAGUGCAACAAGAGACGUCAUUGGUCAGAAAUCGUAACAACAAUGGGGCUAACUGCGACAACAUGGAAGUCGAAAUAGAGAACUUUAUCGACGAUGGGAACAAUGCAAACAACAAUAAUGCCAAAAGAUUUCGUUGGAAACGCCUAAGCAAUCCAUCUGGGCCCCAACCACGUCCACGCCAUGGACAUCGUGCUAUAAACAUAAAGGAAUUAAUGGUUGUUUUUGGAGGCGGCAAUGAGGGUAUUGUUGACGAACUUCAUGUAUAUAAUUCCGUCACCAAUCAAUGGUUUGUACCGGCCAUGCGUGGUGAAGUGCCACCUGGUUGCGCUGCAUACGGCUUCGUUGUCGUUGGUACGCGCAUGUUCGUUUUUGGUGGCAUGAUAGAAUAUGGCAAAUAUUCUAAUGAACUUUAUGAGUUACAAGCUACAAAAUGGGAAUGGCGCAAGAUGAAUCCCGAAUUGCCAGAUAAUGGACCUGCGCCUUGCCCGCGCCUGGGCCAUAGUUUUACUAUGGUUGGUGAUCGUAUUUUUCUUUUUGGUGGGCUGGCCAACGAAUCUGAUGAUCCCAAAAACAAUAUACCCAAAUAUCUCAACGAUUUGUACAUAUUGGAAACUCGUGCAGUGCACAGCCACAAUGGCAAGUGGAUCAUACCAAAAACUUACGGAGAAAGUCCUCCACCACGUGAGUCUCACACGGGCGUGGCUUUUACGAGCAAAACUACAAAUAAGCUAAAUUUGUUAAUAUAUGGUGGCAUGAGUGGCUGUCGGUUGGGUGAUUUAUGGCUUUUGGAUGUUGAUUCUAUGACAUGGUCUAAGCCGCGUACACGUGGUCAUGCACCUUUACCUAGGUCUCUACAUAGCGCUACAAUGAUCUGUAAUAAAAUGUAUGUUUUUGGUGGUUGGGUACCAUUACUAAUAAACGACUCAAAAGCAACAACUGAAAGAGAAUGGAAAUGUACAAAUACCCUGGCAGUUCUUGAUUUGGAUUCAAUGACAUGGGAGAAUGUAACAGUUGAUACAGUAGAUGAAGACGUGCCAAGAGCUCGAGCUGGUCAUUGUGCAGUGGGCAUUCAGAGUCGUUUAUACGUGUGGUCUGGCCGUGAUGGGUAUCGUAAAGCAUGGAACAACCAGGUCAGGGUUUGCUGUAAAGACCUCUGGUAUUUAGAAGCAACAAGGCCACUGUAUGCAGUUAAAGUUGGUUUGGUUCGUGCGUCUACGCAUGCUUUAGAACUAUGUUGGACGGCUACAACAUUUGCGACAGCAUAUGAGUUACAAACACAAAAGAUUGAGCCAGCAACUAUAGCGACUAAAGUUGUAACACCAUCAUCAAUUACUCCUAGUGCCUCAUCUACGUCAGUUGCCACGAAUCAAAUAUCGACGAAUGGACUGCCCCCCAACACAAUUCAACCUUCCCCAGUAUUGACUACCACAACUACGAAGCAUCAAAAGAUACACAAUGCAGCACUUCCUUCGGUUUGUUUACAACAAUCUACCACAAAAGUGCUGAAUAAUCCUAUUAUACAGCAGCAGCAGACUCAGCAACAAUCACAAUCUUCCCAGCAGCAAACCCAUUUGCAGGGCGCAACCAUUUAUAUAGCACAACAACAUGUGCCACAAACACAACAAAUCGGUCAAAUCAAAGCGAAUAUUGUAUCUUCUGCGCCAAGUAUUGCGGAGAAUACAUUAUCGGCUACACGCAUAUUAAACACAUCAACGCCGACAAUAGUAAAUUCUAGCACACAGGUUAGUGCCACUUUGGUAAAUGUAUCGCAGCAGCAACCAACUGUUUCAAUAGUGAAUAGCAAUAUAACUACUAUACUACAAAAGUUCCGACCAAACACUGUUGUGGCUCGUACUUCGGCCGUAACAACACCAAUUAAUACAGGCACGAUUGCGGUAUCAUCUGCUGUGCACUCAAAUGCUGGUGCUUCGAAUCUACGUGUUGUAAGUGCAGCUGGGAUACCGGUAACAACAACAGCUCCAGCCAAUACUGUAAGAAUUGUAUCAGGAAAUACUGGACAGACCUUACGUCUAGCUACCUCACAUACCACGGCCAACACUACUGCUACUAUAUUAAAAACAUCUCAAACUAUAGGAAAUACAAUCGCUGGACAAAUACAAAACAGUUCCGUUGCAAAUGCAGGAAAUUCCAUAGCUACCGCCACAACAAUUGGUGGCAAGCAAUAUAUUAUACAGAAACCUUUAACAUUAGGCUCAAACGUACAAUUUCAAUUGGUUAAAACCAGCACUGGAGGCGUGGCCGUUCAAACACUGCCGAAAAUUAAUUUAAAUUUGGCUAAAAAUACCGGUACUUCAGGAACAUUAGCUGCCGUUGGGAGUCAGCAGGUUUCGGCUGGCGGACAAAUUGUAACAGCAACUCAAGUAGUCGGUAGCACUGCGGGCUCACAACCCCAACAGCAGUUCAAUGUGAAUUGUAGUACAUCUGUUGCUAGUACAGGUUCUACUAGCGGCCAGCAAAAACCGCUGGUAUCUGGCAAUCUUGUAAAAUUGGUUUCACCGCAUACCGUUAGCGGCGGAAAGUUAAUAAUGAAAAAUUCUAAUAUUCUCCAGGUGGGAAAAGUUUCUUCUAAUGUUGCUGGUAAACCUGCAUUUGUUAUCACCAACAAGCAAGGGCAGCAGUUAACAAAUCAACAGAUUAUAAUUGUCACCACUGGUGCUGGUAUACGAACAAUACCCGCAUCGAGUGUUAUGACUCAAGCUGGUGCUGGUAGCAUCGUUUCAAUAGUGGGUUCGACAUCGACCACUGCUACAGUUGCAACUAACAGGAAUGUGGUAUCCACUCAGACCGGUGUCAAAAUGAUUCGGGGAGUAACUAGCACAACCGGUCGACCCAUUACUUUAACACUACCUUCAACAACACAAUUGUCACAGCAGCAGCAACAUGUAACCAGUCAACAGCAUCAGCAAAAAGUGAGUGUACCAUCUUCAAACGUUCAGCAAAAAACUAUAACACUGGGCGGUAAGGCAGUAACGGUGCAGAUGGCUUCUAAUCCAAAUGUGACUGGAAUGGCUAAAACUGUUACGAUUGUUGGUUCAAGUUCUGGACAUACCCAACCCCAAACCAUUGUUACCAGUGGCAUUGCUGGCAACACAGGUAGUAAGUUAGUAAUGCUGCCUUCGAAUACAACUACAGUAAAUAAAAAGGGUUUCGUAAAUAUUUUAAAUGCUAGCGGUACAAGUAAUACCAGUGGAAAUACCAUGCAGCGCGCAAUUAAAUUGACAUCGAAAAAUGUUGUGGGUGUAACAAAUUCGCAAAUUGGCAUCGCGACGCAUGUCAACAAUGAUGGGUCAAAUGAAGCGACCGUUGCCAUAGCAUCAUUGACAGAUCCGAAUUAUGCAGAAGGUGACACUAUGGACGAUAUAAUCGAGCAACUAGAUGGCGCCGUAGGCUCUUUCGUUGGUUAUGAUCAUGUGGAAACCGAAGAUAUAGAUGAUGGGUCUGCAAGUAUAUUAGCCCCAGUAACGAUGAAUGACAUUGGCGAUGAAGCUAAGGAAAAAAAUAAAUGCAGCAAAUUCAACAAGUACGAGGGAAAAUGCUUAAGAAAUGAAAUUUUUAAUUUUUAUACCGGUGACAUCAGUUCAUCGUUCGAACCCGAUUCGAAAAAAACGAAAGAUGAUACAUUAAGUUAUAUUAACGGGGGUAGUAAAACCGAGUUUGGUCAAGAAGAUACUCGUAUACCUGUUCCAAAUUUGCAUUUUACCAAUAAAAGCGUUCAGCAAGUCUCAACAUCUAACCACGUUACCAACUGUCAUAAACCACAAUAUCCCCAUGUAGGCUGUGAUUCGUUAGUAGCGCAACCGAAGUAUUUAUACAUACUACCAGCUUAUAAUAACGCCCAAGCUCCUAAGUUUCCAGAUACUUCAAACUCAUUUUGUUGAAAUAAUGUUUGUUAAAACAACAGAUCGAAGACAUCAUGGCAGCACGGAAGGCGUGCCCCCUGGCUCCAACGGCGGAGACAGACAACUGUCUACAAUGCCGGCUCUGCCACCGGUACCACGCGCUCAGGACGUGCCCGGCCUUCAAGGCCAUGAAGCCACCGCAGCGAUUGGCAGUAUCCCGGGCGCAAGGGUAUUGGGUCAACUGCCUUGCGCUCACCCACACAACCGGCGAAUGCGACUCACCAGGCAGCUGCAAGGUUUGUGGCUUAGCGCACCAUACGCUGCUGCAUGUGGCAGCUAACAGGCCCGCGCGCACAGGCCAACGAAACCAGCAGCCCAACCGGGCCAAAUCGACAGCAUGCAAGCCCAUCAAGCGGAGGGCACCGCCGAAGAAAGGUGGGCAGAAGAAGGCGCAGAAGAACCCGCGCAACCAGGCGCCGCAACCGCCGCGCAAGAAGACCGCCCAACGGACGAUCGCGCGCCCUCCUCAAGGCCUACAAACGGCCAAUUUCCAGGGUCGCACCACCCACCGCGUCCUUGGCAACACGAUCCGCGCCCUGAAAGAGCUGCAGGAGACGCUCAGCAACGCAUUCCUGCAGGGCGGGGACGAUGUUUAAGCCGCCACUUAAACUUAAUUCAGCGGCCGUGCGCGCAUCCUGUGGCCGCAGCGGUGUGAAGUCCGAAAAAUGAUUAACGAGCGCGCACGGCCGCUUCCCAUAAUCGGGCCAAAUGAGAGACCAGUCAGUUCAGCCAAAAACGUCGGACAUCGCGCACGCGCCCUAGCAUUUGAUGAUUCAUACGAGAGUUAACUCUAAAGUUUUAAUAAAAACGCUUUGUAAAUUAACUUUAAUUGUGGGGUGCACAAAUAAACA